AUGAAGACUCCGCAACACGAUGAAUGGUAUACGGGCAUGGAAAAGGAAGUGAGAGCAAUGUUCAAAAAGGGCGUACUAGUUCCGAUUGAUGAGACUGAGGCACCUCAAAACGCAACAAAACCUCGCAUCGUGUGCUUAGGGAACAAUCAAGAUCCAGGAAUCGAUUUUGUGACCGCAUUCUCCCCAUGUAGCACGGAUGGUAACGUUUCGAGUGCUGAUAGCACUACGAAAUACGGACUGACGUUGUAUCAAGGUGAUGUGGAUACUGCCUAUUUGAAUGCGACAUUAAAAAUACAGCAGUACGUGCAAGCCAUUCCCGGAUUCCCACAGCCCAAGAAAAAGAUUUACAGUGUGGGGAUUGAGCAUUAUAUGGUCUACAUCGUCUGGAGCGGAAUGGAGCGAAGAAAAUAA